AUGGGGAAGCACGGACACCAACUUCAGAGGAAAGAGGUUUUAGACAUUACGGUCAGCUCCAAUUAUUUGAGCAACAGGAUAUCCAACUGGAGGGUAUCAUCUGAGCCAUCGUGCUCGGAUCAUAGACACAUACAGUUUGAAAUAAGCGUAGGUGAAAGAACUCUCCUGCAAUAUAGGGAUCCAAAGUGCACAGAUUGGGAAGGAUACAACCGCUCACUCGUGCAUCUGCUGGAACCCACAAUUGUAAAAGUGAGAGAUCGCGAUGAGAUCGAGAUUGCGGCGGAACAACUGCGGUGUGCAAUCAUAACGGCUUAUAGUGAAAACUGUCCACUUAAAACAAACAAGGAUAACAGGAAGUCCUCUUGGUGGAACAACAAACUGGACAAAAGAAGAAAAGAAGUGCGACAGCUCUUUAAUCGCGCUAAAGUGUCAGGUAACUGGGAAACCUAUCGUACGACGUUGGCGGAGUACAAUAAGGAAAUAAGAAGGGCGAAGAGAGAGUCUUGGAGAAGGUUCUGUGGGAGUCUGGCCGAUCUACCCCAAAGCACCAGAAUUCACAAGAUUCUCUCAAAAGAACCAGUGAAUGAGCUAAGGACGAUACAGCGCCCCGACGGUAAUUUCACAGAGUCCAGGAAAGAAACGCUACAAAUUUUGGCCCAAAAACACUCCCCAGGCUGCCUGAUUCUAGGUGAUGAAGAACGACCCCCCAAUACUCAUGAGUCAAAAAUCGGUCCAAAAAAGAGGAUUGGGAGAUAG